GUCUUUCAAACCUUUCGCUUCGACUGGCUUCUAAAUUUUUACGACAAAAUUUAUAUAUUUUCUCAAGUUAAUCUUCAUCUAAACCAAGUUACAUAAAAAUGUGCGGAGGCGGUUGUGGUCCAUGCGGAGGCUGUGGUCCCUGCGGAGGCUGUGGUCCAUGUAAUCAUUGGCCAUGUUGUGGCCCGCACAGUCCGCCAUGCGGUGCGCCUUCACCCAUCCCUUGCUCGCCUGCGCCGGGCGUCUGUUGUCCACCACUGCCCGAGGGUGGCAUUCCCGACCCACGUGUCUGGAAUUGUUGGAAUACACCACCAACCUAUCCAUGUGGCUUUUAAUGAGCCAACGUGAAGAGGCCGUGCAAUAGAUAGUUCGGUGUUGUGUAUAUAACAAGAAGGGGUCAAGUCCACAAGCCCAUUGGAUGGUUGUAGUUGUGAAACUUUUUGAUUGGCACAAAUUUGGAAGCAAGUUGAACGUAGAAAGAUAAAAUGACUCUAUGAAGAUUUAAUUCGAUCCAACAAGACUGAGCUAUUCGCAGAAGAUUUUGGAUUUGUUCUGCAACUAUGGCGCUCCGAAUCGCUGCUAUAUCGUUUACUGAUGCAAAAUUCUAUACUUCGAGACUCGAAGCGCUAGAGAGUUGGUAGAAAUUCUACGAAUGCGACCUGAAGCAAAUCUGAACUAUUCUUUGAAUUUUAAAGUUUGUAAAUUCAAAAUUUUUCAGUUACUCAAAUAUGGACUCCUUUUGAACUUUUGGCAAAUUAUAUUUUGGAAUCUAAA